AAAAAAAAACACAACAACAACAAAUAAAGAAAAAAGAGGGAAAAAUAUUUCAUGGGAUUAUUUGUGGUGGAAGACUUAGGAGCUAACAAACAAGUACAAGCCAUGGAUCAGGGAAGUCAAUCUUCUGCGACCAAGAUCGAAAGAAGAAUCAUUGAGAAGAACAGAAGAAAUCAAAUGAAAGUUCUCUACUCCAAGCUUAACUCUCUACUCCCACCACAAAACUCUAAGGAGGUGCAAACACUACCAGAUCAAGUAGACGAAGCCAUAAACCACAUAAAAAGCUUAGAGGCAAGGCUGAAGAAAUACAAGGAAAAGAAGAAGAGCUUAUUGGGUAGAAAGAGAUCAUAUACAUGCGCGAACAGCUUGGAAAGCGUGGGGAGCCAAAGAUCACCCCAGAUUGAAAUCCAUGAGAUUGGCUCGGUUAUCGAGGUAGUUCUGAUAACAGGGCUAGAUAAUCAGUUUAUUUUCUACGAGCUGAUUCGCAUACUCCAUGAAGAACGAGCUGAUGUUGUAGACGCCAAAUAUUCAGUCUCCAGAGACUCAAUUUUCCAUGUCGUACAUGCAGAGAUUGCGGAUUCCAUUUUCGGGGCCACAAAAAUAAGUGAGAGGCUAAAGAGAUUUGUCAGUGGAUCAAGCAGUGAUAUAGAAUUACAGCCAGAUCAGUGGUGGGAUGACUUUGAAAUCCAUCCUGAAUUGUUGAAGUUCUAAGCAGUUAAUUUUUUCUAGUAUUAUAUGAUAAGUUAAUUUCAGUUGUAUUGCUUCCUAUAUCCGAUGGUUAAUUAUAACGGUAAACUUAGUUGUCAAUAGUAACAAUUACAUAUAUUACAAAUGGUUUUCACAUGAUAAAAGGUUGAUCGUUUCUAUGAAGACAUUAAGAA